AAUAAAGGUGUAAAAACAAUAUUACCAAUUACUUUUAUGAUAAAAUUGGGUGGAAUAAGAUAACAAACACAGCACCACAAAACUGGAUUUAUUGUAUCUUGUGAAUUCACAUGAUACAAUUGCGCAGAUAUGUAUCUGUGUGGUUUAUUUAGAUCUGUGAAUAGUAAAGUGGCCCAACAAUUCAAGCUUUUAUUUACAGAACGAAGAAAAUGGAGAAUCAAGUUGAAAGAAUGCACAACCACCCACCAGACCCACUUGAAAACAGUUCUUUACAUCUAGCUGUGAAAAGACAAGACAAAGAAAGUGUGAAGAUAUUACUGUCGCAAGAACACCCCAUUGACGUCGUUAACCGAAAAGGUAGAACUCCACUCCACCUAGCAACAGAAGGAGCGAACAUAGAUGUCCUAGAAAUUUUAAUCAAGUCGGGGGCAAAUUUACACGCUACUGAUAGAAAAUACAAACUGACACCUCUGCAUUUAGCUGCAGACAGUGGAGUGGUUGAUAUCAUCAAGAUUUUAGUACAAUCUGGGGCUGACGUAAAUCAACCAAACAUCAAUGGACAUACGCCUUUGCAUAGAGCCAUCUACAAGAAUCGCAUAGAAGCAGUUAAAUAUUUAUUACCAAUAAGUAACCAGCUUGUUCAUGUGCGAACUAAACAAAAUCCUCUGCAUCUAGCCGCAAGUAAAAAUCUAUUCGAUUUAGUUUGUUGUCUGAUUGACAAUGAAGUUGAUGUUAACAUCAAAGAUGCUGCAAGAGGACAAACACCUCUUCAUGUAUCAGCGGAGAGAGGAAAUUUUGACGUGGUUAAAAUUUUAGUGGAAAUGGGAGCAAAUCUUGAUGCUGCAGAUACAAGAAGAGGAGAAACUUCUGUUCAUCUAGCAGCCUUAAACGGAUAUCCGGAAAUAGUAAUUUUUUUACUAGAAGUGGGUGCAAGGUUUGAUAUAGCAAAUUUCGAAGGGAAUACUAUAUUUCAUCUAGCUGCUGCAAAAGGAUAUAUUGAGAUUCUUGAAUCAUUACUAGAGCGACAAAUUGAUAUCAAUCUGAAAAAUGUAAAUAACGAAACAGCUCUACAUCUAGUUUCCCUUGUGAAUUAUUUAAAAACUGUUGAGUUCUUAAUAAGUAAAGGGAUUGACGUCGAUUGUGUCAAUAAUAAAAGACAAACCGCACUUCACAUCGCUACUAAAAAGGGUUUUGUUAGUUUAGUAGAAACAUUACUUGAUGCUAGCUCAAAAAGCAUUAAUUUAAAAGAUAUCAAAAAAGGAAAAACUGCUCUUCAUUUCGCUGUUGAAGCUGCUAACUGCAACAUCAUUCAAAUUUUACUCAACAAGGGUGCCGGUGUGAAUUUAGAAAGCGAAAACGGGCAAACUCCUCUUCACUUGGCGGUUGAUAAUGGAUUUGCUGAUGUUGCGAAACUUCUUACAAAACAUGGGGCAAAUGUCGACCAACCAGGACUUCUUGAUUUAGCUUGUGAGAAAGGUUUUACCGAAAUAGUGCAGUUUUUGACAGCAAACGAAGCACGAAUCUGUGACGAGAGAGUUAUUUUCACGAUUGUGGAGAACGAGUUUAAUGAUAUCCUUUACGUAUUAUUAAACGCACCAGAAACACUAGUAGAUGUCAACGUGCUUGAUGAAAAUGAAGCAACAGUUCUUCAUUUAGCUUGCAGACGGAAGUAUCUUAAAAUUAUUGAUAUUUUACUCGACAAAGGAAUAGAUGUUAAUGCCGUAAACAAGGACGGAGAAAGUGCCCUUCAUAUUGCGGCAUAUUUUAGUGGAAUAUCUGUUGCAACUAGUUUACUGGAGAAUGGAGCAAAUCCAAACGUACCUGGAUCAAGAGAAUCUGUUCUAGAAAUAGCAGUCAAAAGGAACAAUUCAAAACUUGUUAAAAUUCUUGUCGAUAAAGCAGCACAUAUUAACAAGAAAAGUCUUCGUCAUGCAGUUAGCAACAGAUGUACAGAAAUUGUAAAGAUCCUUCUCGAAAAAGGAAUUAAAGAUGUGUUAGCUCCGGAUUUAGUUUCCCUAGCAGCGGAUUUAAGAUACACGGAAAUUGUGGAACUUUUAUUGGAAGCCGGUACUGAUCUGUCUAACAUUGAUAAAAAAACGCAACAGGUUAUAUUCCAUUUAGGUGCUGAGUGUGAAUCGUUAAUCAUAGUUAACUAUUUACUAGAUGCUGGUGUUAAUAUUGAUAUAACUAACACUCGAAGAGAAACUGCUUGCCAUUUAGCUGCUGAAAGAGGUUUCAACAGUGUCGUUACUCUUCUUGUAAAUAGAGGAACAGAUGUUAAUAUUGCCGAAACUAGACAAGGGCGAACAGUUUUACACUUGCAAGCUCAACAGGGUUCAGUGGAUAUGGUAAAACUGUUGGUUCAAAAAGGAGCAGAUAUAAACGCACUAGAUGUUGACGGACAGAAUGCUGCUCAUUUAGCAGCGGACAGAAGACACACUUCCGUUGUUAAAUAUCUCGUUGACAGUGGAACUGAUAUCAACGUUGCUUCGAAAGAUGACAACACACUUCUUCAUCUAGCGGCCAGUGAAGGUUUAACCGAGCUUAUUCUUUUUCUGCUUGAAAAAGAGGUAAAUAUUAAUGCCCAAAACGUAAAUGGGCUCACAUCUCUACAUUUUGCUCUACAAAGACCGUCUAAAGAAGUCGUCGCUUUGUUUUUACAAAAAGAAGUCGAUGUUAAUACAGUUUGCGUAAAAGACGGAAAAACACCUCUUCACUUGGCUUCUGGUUUAGGAUGGGUUGAUAUAGUUGGAAUCAUGUUGGAUAAAGGAGCAAAUGUUAAUGCAAUUGAUAGCAGCGGAAGAACGGCACUCCAUUUCAGUGCAGAAGGGAAACACGUAGAUCUGGUUAAACUUCUUCUUGAAAGAGGAAUCGACGUUAAUGUUGUAGACAUUGCAGAUGGACGAACUGCUCUUCACUUAGCUGCUGAUGUUGGUUCAUUGACAAUUGUGAUGAUUUUGGUGGAAUGUGGCGCAACCGUUAAUGUUGUAGACACCAAAAGCGAAUGUGCAGCAGUACAGUUAGCAGCAAAAGGUUGGUACUUUGAAAUUGUUAAGUUCUUAUUGAAGAAUGGAGCAGAUGUUAAUAUUGGAAGUACGUAUGGACAAGGUCUCUCUAUUUUGCAGUGGGUUCAACGAUAUGAAGAUAAAAUAGAUACAUUAUGACUGUUGUUUUCUAUUAUAAACUACUUUGUGUUCAUAUUUUAUUAUUAUUAAACUGGGUUGAUAUUUU